UCCCACGGCAGGAUCAUAAAAUUAUGAUGUAACAGGGGACAUUAGUCCUCACUUUAUCAGUCGGGAUUCUCUUGAGAAAGACAGAUGAGAAAGUGCGAAAUAUUUACAUUAAAUGGAAAUCCCUUUGCAUCCCAAGAUCAAAGACCUUGGUUGAUUGGAACUUGCCACCGACACUGAGGGCGUAGGGAGAGAGAUGGGGACAGAAAAGAGGGGAGAGAUAUGGGACUAAAGAGGAGAGAAGAAUAAGGAUAGAUAACUUCAGUCUGGGUGCCCGGGUAUCGCGCUUCAGCUGAUAGUGGUGCGCCUUCCACCGCAGACCCUUAUUGUCUUGUUUGUCAGAAGAGACUGGCAGUCGUUGAGAGGAGCCAGGUUCCAAGAUGCGAUUCCCCAUGAUGAAGCUCUGCGUGGUCCUGUUAGUGGCUGUUGCUGCUGCCAGCGGUACGAGCUUAACUCCACAAGCAAAUGCAGGUUCUGGAAUUCCGGGAAAGUUUUUGGAAAUUAUGAGUAAACACUUCAGUGAUUCUCUAAAAUACCUCUAUACAAGCAAGCAGUAUGAUAGCCAGUACAUGCAGCGCCCUGGCAUGGCCAAAUACCUGAUGGAGGCCAGCGACUUCGAGUGGGAACAAGGGCUUGACUUCCUUAAGAAAUAUAUGCAGAGACAAGGAACCAUUGCGAAUUUCAGGCAUAAUCUGAAUGUGUUGGGCAAGGGAGAACUUACAUUUGAAAAUGGUGAAGAUAAAUUCGAGAAGUAUUUUGGAACUUUCACCAACUUGAUUAGUGACGCCGAAACCAAGUUCAGUCAAAUGAACCACCAAGAUUUAAGGAAUGGGUUCAUUGUUUCUUUUGCAGAUUUGCCACUACCUCGAUGACAAGCUGGAGAAGAACGUCGCCCGGAUCUACGAACUGAAGACCCACAGCACAAACCUGGAAAAAUUGAAGUCACUUGGAGUCGCUGUCAACGUUUUCGACUCGGUCCUCUAACUCACUCACGGCUUUCAUCUUUAUUUUUCCUUAACACUAUGUCCAUACUGUA